GCGGGAAGAGUGUAGUAGUGACAGUUAGGGAGGGCUGAGUGAGGAAGAGUGCAUAGAUGGGGAUAGAGAGAAAAGGCUAGAGGGGGUGAGAAGAGGGUCAGAUAGGGAGAGAAUGAGGAAAUGUAACAGCCUGAGAAGUGUGUGACUAUGGGAUUAUAUGGAGGCAGCCCAGCAAUGAGGGUGUGUGUCACACUGUGACCAGGCGGGGUAACAUGUGCAGGGGGCACACAUGGGUACACUUCAUCGAUAUGAAUGUAUUAUUGACAUCACAUGAGUCCAAACAUGUCCCACACAAACACACGGACUGGCUGUGCUUGCUGUGAGUGACUAUAAGAAAGGUGUGCAGCUGUGCCACUGAGGAGGGGAGGAUGAGGCUAUGAGACACACGGAGUCAGUGGUAUAUGUACAGGUUGUUCUACUACAUCGUAUUUUAUUUUAGGGUGCUCCUUUAUCCCCAGCAGCUCCCCCUCCCCUCCCUCCGGCCCAGUAAUUCCCCAGUUGGAGCAGUGGGGAGGGCAGUGCAGGAUCUUACACUAUGUUACUCAGCAUUUCGUGCACAGCACUAGCCGGGAGAGGAGGCAGGGGCGCUGGGACCCGCAGUAGCCUCUGAGACAGGAUACAAAGGGGCUCUGAUGGGAUUAUCACCCCCUCCCUUCUACUGACUGCACGGCGAGAAUGGACCUAGGAAGAGCCCAGAGUCCCGCACCUCCAGCAGCGUCAUUGUAGCGGACACUGAUGAUGGAUGAAUUUCACCCCUUUAUUGAGGCUCUGCUCCCUCAUGUACGAGCCUUUGCCUAUACUUGGUUCAACCUUCAGGCUCGUAAAAGAAAGUAUUUCAAGAAACAUGAGAAAAAAAUGACUAAAGAGGAAGAGAGGGGUGUGAAAGAUGAAUUGCUGAAUGAGAAAGCUGAAGUCAAGCAGAAGUGGGCAUCACGUCUUUUAGCAAAGCUUCGCAAAGAUAUCAGGCCAGAGUUCCGUGAGGAUUUUGUGUUGUCUAUUACUGGCAAAAAGGCAGCCAGUUGUGUCCUCUCCAACCCGGACCAGAAAGGGAAGAUGAGGAGAAUCGACUGCCUGCGUCAGGCAGACAAGGUGUGGAGGUUGGAUCUUGUGAUGGUUAUCCUCUUCAAGGGGAUUCCGUUGGAGAGCACGGAUGGAGAGAGACUGGUGAAGGCAGCACACUGCUCAAACCCCCAGUUAUGUGUACAGCCGCACCACAUUAGUGUCUCUGUCAAAGAAUUAGACCUGUAUUUGGCUUACUUUAUUCGAGAGAGAGAUUCUGAACAGGACAGCAGCCCUCGGACAGCAAUUGGCUCAGACAUGGAGGACACUAAACCAAUCAAUUUGGAUAUAACAGAUUUCCAGGAGAGUUUUGUCACUUCUGGUGUUUUCAGCGUCACGGAAUUAAUCCAAGUGUCUAGAACUCCAGUUGUCUCUGGCACAGGACCCAAUUUCUCUCUAGGAGAGCUACAGGGACACCUGGCGUAUGAUUUAAACCCUGCGGGAACUGGGAUGAGAAGGACCCUCCCCAGCACAUCAUCUAGCGGGAGUAAGAGACACAAAUCUGGCUCUUUGGAGGAUGAUGUUGACACAAGUCCUGGAGGGGAGUUUUAUGCAUCCCCUUCUUCUCCAACUGGGAGCAGCCGAAACUGGACAGAGGACAUGGAAGGUGGAAUGUCUCCCUCUGUGAAGAAGUCAGAAUUGGACAAAUCACCAUUUCACAGUCCAUCUCCUCAAGAUACGUCCCCAAGAAUCAGUGGCUUCACCCAGCAUCACAGGCCGGUCAUAGCUGUACACAGUGGCCUUGCCCGCAGUCCACACACAUCCACUACGUUACAUUUUCCACCUUCCUCCCUCCUCCCCCAAGCUGCCUCCACUUACUUCCCACACACAGCUAUCCGCUAUCCCCCUCACCUCAACCCUCAGGAUCCUCUGAAAGACCUGGUAUCCCUUGCCUGUGACCCGUCCAGCCAGCAGCCAGGCCCGCUGAAUGGGAACGGCCAGGUGAAGGUUUCGAGUCACUAUAUCUCUACGCAGAUGCUGGCCCCACCUCCUCCAGUCAUGACCCGCCUCUCAUUGCCCUCCGAUACCAAAUCUACUACCGCAUCCGAUGGUGGUACCUCUUCACCGACUUCUCCAACAUACUCUGCCCCUAGCACGCCACCCGCCAACCGACCCUUUGUAGGACUUGGCCCCCGUGACCCUGGGAGCAUAUAUCAGCCACAAAGGCCACUGGAGAGCCAUGAUCUUCUACAACUACAAGAGCGUGGUCUGCGACAGCAGGAGAGUUUUGACCGACUGCAAGCUGCUUUUAGGUCUUGGUACUUGGGUUAGCAGCCUGACCUACCUCCCAUCCACUGGAACCAGCAGACAGAAAGUGAGAGUCUCUGCGAAGCUUCAGGUCCACAGGACAACAGCUCAAAGCAUCUCUUUGCAAAAAUAUUCUUUCCAUGAAUGAGAGAAAUGCCUGCAGUGGUCAGUGGGAGAUGAGGAAUAAGAAUAAUCUGUCAUCUUUUGAUGGGUCGUUCUCUUCAGAAGACAGGCACGGGGCUGGUGUUCCUGCAUCAUGGAUUAUUGGAAAAAAUAUAUCUAUAUGAUUUUAUUAUCCUAUCAUUCUUAGCCCAUUCACAAAAGGGUUGAAUGUCCAACCAGCAAGAAGGAGGAAGAACUAAGAUCUUCCUGGAUAUACUUUAUUAUUAUUAUUAUUAUUAUUAUUAAUGUUAUUAUGCAAAUGAUAUACCUUCAUUGUUUAUUUACUCUAUUCUGCUCCAUCCCAGAAAAGCUUAUCCUGUUUUUGGCUGAAGGACUUUGGCUUAUGAAAGCUUGGCAUUAGGGAGGGAUACACAAAAUAUUGUGGAAUGCACCUUAACCUUCUCUUUGGGUCUUAUUCAUAAUUGCAGUGUACCUAUUGAACCACAUACACAUUUGCAAGUGAAUUAGCACUCACCUUUUUGAGACAAAUUAAUGAUAUAAUGUAUAUGUGACUGUCAGAGAAAUAGAGGGUAGUCAUACAUCUCCAAGUCAUUUCCAGUCUGUUGAUAGGCCAUAGAAUAUUUUGUGCAAUCUCACUAUAAAAACUCAGCUUGUUAUGUUUAAGUCUGAAAUGCCUAAACAGCAUUACAUAAUGAAGAUAUAUAUGCGUGUGAGCAGAAAAAUAGGCCCUCUCUCUUUAAAACCAGAGACUGGUGCCCAAGUCAAAAUAGUAAUUCAAAUAUUAUCAGCCAGUACUCAUGACAUGCACAGAAAAUAAACUUUAUUUCCAUGUUUUGAGACCAAUCCAGGAUCUUUUUACACACUCUUCUUUGCAUGUCAAGAGUGAUGCCUGAUAUUUCUAUAAUCUCAGAUAUCUCAAAUAUUAUGCAUGAGGUUUUUUUUUAUAUGAUUUAUAAUCUACAUGUGCGCAAAUGUAUAUGUGUUUCCAUAGAGCAAAUGUGUUAACAUCUGUAUAUGCUGUUGCAAGUUUGUAUAUAUAAAUAUAUAUAUAUAUAUAUAUAUAUAUAUAUAUAUAUACAUAUACACACACAUGCAAUGUUGUCAAAUCUGACUUGCAGUGACUUGCGUACUUUCCAAGUUUUCAUAUAUGCAAAAAGAGGGCCGUUACCAUGAAUAGUGCAUGGCAUUUAUAUAUAAACAUAAAUUUAGGUAGACGUUGCUGAAAGGCUGACUUGGAGGACUAGAUUUUACAGGUGUGUUCAUUUGGACAAUAUUACUUGAUAUCCAGUGCUAUCAUAUUUUAUGACCCUAAAAACGUAAUGAUUCUGUCUCCAGUCUGUUUUUGGACGGGUGCUCAUUUUGAGGACUAACCAAACUGGCCAUCCCAAACAUAUUAUCUGUUUCAAGCACACUUGCACUCACGUCAAUAAAAGAUAGAACAGGUAUACUUUUUAUAUUUAUGACAUUAAAACAUCCUAUUCUGUAUUCAAAUUGAAUUAGUGCAUUUUUAAGUUUAGUUCAAAACACAUACUGUACCUCUAAUUAUUUUAUGUCAAGGGAAAUGAGUAAGGAGCUCAGUUAUUUUAUUGCACAUUGUUGGUGAUAAAAGUUAAGAAUUGAGAGAAAAGUCGAUUUAUUUUCUCCAAAACAAUUAAUACACUCACUAAAGUACAGUCAGUGUAUACAUACUGUACACAUUUGCAAGUGAAUCAGCACUCACCUUUUAAUGUAUAUGUGACUGUGAGAUAAAUGGAGAGUAGUCAUUUCAGCUCUAAUCAUGACAAUUGGGGUCUGGUUAGUCAGGGAAGGUUGUGGCCUCCUCAGAAGAAAUGGAGAUGAUGUGAUCAGAUCAGCGCCAAUACAAGCGGGAAGAACAUGGACUAAAUUGACCCUAUUUUCCAUUUGAGCGUUUUGACAGAAACGAGUAUGGCCGAUACAAGCAGUCACAAAACAUAUACUAGGAGAUGUAUUAAGCCAAGUUAGAGAUAGAUAAAGUGGAUAAAUUGUCCAAAGCAACCAAUCAGCAUAAUCUAUGACAUGACAGAAGCUGAGUGGGUGCUUUGGGCAACUACUACACUUUAGCUCUCUCCAAGCCUUGAAUCAUCUCCCGUCCAGUGAGGCGUGCCGUCAAGCGAAUGUGAUAAUUAAGAUAAGUCCUCUGGAGCUAUGGGCGUUUAAUGAGCCAGUUACAACCUCUCAAUCCUUUCCCACAAUUGUGUGUGUAAUUGGGUAGGUUAGUGCUGCUGUAUGCCUACUUUCUCCAGACAUUAGAAGCCAGUCAAAUAAAACAACUUACCAUUAAUGUCAUAGACAUUAAAACUCAUAGUACUCUCCAAAUUGUUGGGAUAAAACUUUAUAAUAGGCGCAAAGAGGAAAUCUGGGCAAUAUAAUAGGGAAAUUUGGGUGGUAUGGAAGAUGUGUCUAGCAUCUCAAGUCACUGCAGUAAUAAAGGUGUGUUUACAUAGUUUAUAUGUUUGUGUGUGUACAUAUAUGUUGCAACCAUGUGUCUGUGUAUAUGUAGAGCCGGAUUUGUGAAAAGACUUGUAGUAUAAAUUGACACUAAUCAAUCAUAUGUAUUGUGUUAUAUCGGUAUAUUAUGGCAUGAGUUGGAUUGGAGAGGUGUGGAUAAUGCAAUUGUAAAAUGAUCCUUCAGUUACAGAAAAAACAAAUCCGGCUCUAAAUAUGAUGUAUAUGUGUAUAUAUUCAGUAUGCAGAUGUUUUAAGUACAUGUAUAUAUACAAAUAUACCCAAAUUCAUACAUACAUUGAAAGCAGGAUAAAUGUACUGAUAUGUAAAUUACAUACACUACUCAAGUCAGCCCCUCAAGUAUAAAACGUAAUUUGAAAAAUAAAUGUAAGUACUAAACAGAAGUUAUCAGCCACGUUACAGAGUAAACUGCAUGGUGCUUCUUCCUGCAAUCUACCCCACUACUUGCACUCAUCCUUCAGGCUUGUGGCUGAAGACCUGCAUGGCAGAUUUAAAAAUGGCACUAAUCCCAUUAAAAGUUAAGAUGAGAGAGUGCAUUAUUUUAUACUUCAUCCCUCCCUCUCUGCCAUGUAUAAAUAGUCUGUUUUAAAGGGGAUUAAAAAAAUAAAAUAAAAAAAUAAUAAUACAUACUUAGUAAUUAAGCAGCAUGUCUGCUCAGUUCUAUUAUGGGUUUUUACUGCUCCAUGUGGUAUUGGUAUCUCUUCAGCUGACCCACGCUUAACACCCAAAAAACCCUAAAUCCUCAAAGAGCUCUCUGCAAAUGGUCAGCUAAAAUCUGGUCCAUCAUCAGGCUGCUUUCUACUUCUAGAUAGUGAUGUCAUUGCUUGGGUUGUCACAUACAAAAUAGCAGUAUUGUAAAAUAAAACAAAAUGACUUUAGGGAUUUUGAGGUGGCGAGGAAAGUGUCAAUAAUUUCUGUGGGACCAUCACAAAAAUCUGAUAUGGGGUCUGCUGCAUUUUAAGAUGUUGUAUGGAAGGGUUAACCGAAAACCAUAAUAUAAAAAAAACACUAUAGCGUACAAACGUAAAGUAUCCUAUGAAGCAAAAUAGUAUAUAUAUAUAUAUAUAUAUAUAUAUAAAUAUAUAUAUAUAUAUAUAUAUAGCAUUAAAUAUGUACAAAUUAUCUUUUUUUUCCCUUAUUUGCACGGAAUUUUCUAUCACAUUAUGUGCCUUGCCUUCUGAUAAAUGAUGAAAUAACCACUUGCUCAUUUGCUGCAUGCUCUGACUUCAGUAUACAGGAAAUAUGAAAUGUGUACAGACAUUAAACAGUUAAUAAUU